AUGACAUCAACUACAGAUGAGGAUUUCCACGUGGAAGACUUUGAAAAUUCAUGUCAGAUACUGAUUCGAAAUCUGUCGAAUCAAGCCCUCAUGCUGGAAGAUUCUCACAUCGAUUUCGGCGAAUGGCCACUGCGCCAGCCCACGAAUGUCAUCGAAGGAGGGAAAGAAGAAAUCAUUUAUCUUCAAAGCCCUCCUCUCAGCGAAUCCAAGGGUCGAGUAAAAUAUGAGGUUCAACUUAAUGACAAGUUGGAGAACUUCAUCCUCGAAUUCCAUUGUCCUUCUCGUCUCUUCAGCAGGAAUUACCUCCACGUGAUCUCCUGUUCUAGCGGAAUCUCAGUAGACGUGAGAGAUUUGAACGAAGGAGGUAGUCCACUCAGAGGAAAGGUUGAUGUCCAGGUCAAGUUGGCCCCCGCGCAUAAGGAAACAGUAUCGAGCGACAAAUACUCUUUAACUAUGCGGGGUUUAAUUAGGGUCAACUAUGAUUUCGGCCUCAAAGUACCUUUGCCCACAGACAAAUGGGAUAAGCGUCCUAUUCAUGAAAGCAUAGCAAUCGCUGCUUUCAUCCGGUCAAAGAUGCCCUUUCCUAAGGGGACUUUUUACAAUAACAUCAAUGAUAAACAGUGGGAGUUCUUCCGAGGUAUCAUCUGGAAUGAUGACCCCUCAUGUCUAUUGUUUAUCAAUGACACUAACGACAAUCGUCAUUUUGGGCUCCGGUUCGAUUGGUCUAAAGCCUAUCUUGGAUUUGGUGAUGACCGCAGCAUGACUGUGCGAUCUCAUCGCGGCGAUUUGCAAUUUCUUCAUGCAAUGGGCAGGUUUGACGGUGAUACUGCCCAAGAUACCUGCUCACGCAUCCUGCAGUGGAUGGAAGUCAUGUACAAACUCGCCUGUGGCAAUCAAGGCAUAUGUGCCGACGACUCUUUAGAGAAGCACUUCCCGGACUACUUCGACAGUCAGUCUACUCCUCCACAAAAUGCUUCCUUGCGAGACCUUCUUAUCGCAAGUACGCCGAGCUAUCAGCGAGUCAACGUGCAGGCUCGUGCACUUGGAAGCUGCCUGCACAUCAUUUCAGAUUCCUUUUCCCUAGGUCAUACACAACGACGACUGAGAAAUCCGCAGGACUUGAUAGACCGUGAUAGCGAAAGAUACAUACAAUUUAGGCCCGGUGUAUAUGGAGACUGGGGUCCAAUUCUUUGCUUUCAUAACUUUGACAAGCAGAACUUCUGGAGACACCACCAUUAUGAUACGCGCCGGAAGAGCGAAGACCCUAUCCCUAAGUAUAUCGAAACGUUUGAUGACAUUGUCGGAGCUCGAAAUGCUAUUGAAGCUUCGAUGAAGCUUAUCAACCUCUUUGCCGACAAGGUCUCCUGGGAACGGGUUGUUUAUGCCUUCCUUAAAGAUGAAGUCUUUAAGUUAGACAAAGAUGUCAAACCAUCUAACCAUUUUGUGGAUGAAGAGCUGAUUUCCUUUGUGCAUCAAGAUGGAUAUAAAAAUGCCGAAUAUGAUUAUGAGGCUGGGAUGCAGCGGAAGUUAGAUAGCCUUAACGGAGGUUCGCGCCGUCAAUCUAUUUGUAUCAUGUGUUCAUUGUCUUUAAUAACCAUGAUAAAAACCCUUUGUCUUUGUCCCUUGCACUUUACGUUGUACACAGUACGCGCAGCUUUGGGGUCAACCUGA